UACUUUGUUUGUAGGUAAAAUUGUACUUAAAUAAAGGGUACGCCACUCUGCGAGGAAGUUGAUAAUAAUUUCGUACGUGUACGUGUUAAGAUACGUAAUUUACAAGCGGCCUAACUGCUGGUUGUGAAUACCGAGCGUAGCUGACCGAUAUUUAUUUCGAUGUAGAGCUUCGUAUUCCUUAAUAGUCGUGUAGACGCCGACCAAACAACAUGUGUCGAACAAUAGCUGCAAUUCUUUUCUUAUGUUCCUUGAGCUCCACACUGAUAUGUCGAGCCUUCGACGUUGAGGAUUGUGGUUCGAAGGUGGGAAAAUUUACAUCCGUAUCUUUGGGCUGUGACAUGAACAAAGCUGCGUGCGAGUUAAUACACGACACAAAUGCAACAAUUGUAUUGAAUUUUGUAGUUGACAAAGAUGUUUCAAAAGUUACCGCAGUUGUGCAUGGUAUUAUAAUGGAUAUUCCGGUACCUUUUCCAUUGGCUGAUGCAAAUGCUUGUGAUACUGCUGAUUCAGGACUUACAUGCCCUUUAGCCAAAGGUGGAUCAUUUCAGUACAAAAAUACGCUACCAAUACAUAAAUCUUAUCCGAAGAUGAGCGUUACUGUUAAGUGGGAAUUGAAAGACGAAAACAAUGAGGACAUUGUUUGUGUGCUGAUUCCAGCAAAAAUCAAAUAGGCACUAUUAAUUUACAGUUUGUCGAAAUUUCAUUUUUAAGAAGUUAUGUAUUCUACGAAAGGUAUAUGAAACAAAUACAAAAAUUUGGUAUUAAACAAGUUUACUUA